AGGGAAAAGAGGGGAGACAGACAAAACGAAGGAACAAAAAGAGAGAUUCAGCGGCUUCAGCGUACAAAUGUCAAAUACAAUUUUUAACUGUCUCUAGUUGCAUAGCAACAAGCUUUUGUGUCCCAUACUGUUCGGAAUAUUCUUUCCCAUUUUGGCUGCAAUAAUCUCCUGUUAUGCCUAUAUCUCUGAACCAAAACGGAGCCAUUCGCUAAGGCUUGCACAAACCCAUAGAGAGAGGUAGAAGGUUCCCUGUGUUUCCCUGAAAUGGUCUCGAGGAUUGGCGAUUGGCGGGGAGGGUGGUGGGACUGGUCGUGGACAUAGGCCUAUCUGAAGAACACCCACCUUCUCAAUCUCUCAAUCAGAUGUGGAAAUUGUAGACAAAGAGCAGCAGUGAGCAAGAACGGUUUUGGAAGCUGGAAGGGAGAUUCGGAUUCACUUUUCUUGGGGUUUGAAGUCAUGGGUUUUCUGAAGUCUAUAUCUUUGGUGGGUUAUACGGGUGUAAUCAGUUCAAAGGCAAAAAUGGUUUGAAAGAAAUGAUAUGGUAACAGAAGCCUUUCACUUUUGGGCAAGGGCAAUGAGCUUUCAGUAUAGUUCUUUUGGACAGGUCAUCUGGUAAAUGCCCUCUUGCCGCGAAGCAAUUGCAGCAGAUUUAUGUUUGAUUGGUUUGAUUGGUUGUUCUGUGAAAUAACUGAGAGUUCCUGAUUUCAACUCCAACGUUCUGUUGAUCGUUGGUGUUAAUCAGUCUCCAUUGGUAGCAGAUAAAGUGUUUGGCUUCGUCAUGGGGCAAAUCUCCUUUGGCUGUAUAACAUCCAUUCUUGGAAGAGACAAAUUUCUUACCUAUACAGCUCUGUGUUGUAUCUGAAGCUUCGGCUGUAUUGGGCAAAUCUCCUUUGGCAAAAGUUACUCCUUCUACGUUUGUUAGAUUUCUGGCAGUAACUAUCUAUAUUGGGGGGAAAAAAAAGAAAAAAAAGAUUGUCAUUUCCUUCAAAAUAUUACUAUAGUGAGGUAAUACCCCUUGGUCCUCCUCCCUUUCUCCAGGGCAAAUCUCCUUUGGCAUAUUUUAUUACCCAGUUUGCUAUCUCCAACCUCUUGAAUUUCUUCCCUAAGUAUUCCCCUCUCCAAAAAAAAAAAAAAAAAAGAUAUAUGAAAGUUGUAACUUCUUGGUCCUUCUGGUGUUGGAAACCUCACUUGAGAAUUUCUUCCUCUGGAAAGUCCAUUUCAAUCUGGGCAAAUCUCCUUUGGCAUUUUUGAGUCCUCGAUUGACUCGAUUUAUUUACCCUGACGGGCAAAUCUCCUUUGGCAUCAAAUCUCCAGUUUUAGUUGAUUCAUAUAAUCUUUUGAGAGAUACUACGUUACAGUUUGUGGCAAAAGCGGCAUCAAUCGGAAAAUUUUUGUGCCAUCCUUUGCAAUCAAUAUCAAAAUACCUAUUGUAGAUGGCAGUACAGAUUGGCACAGGGUUUUAGUGCUUUAGUUUGUUUGAGGCUUCUCAUUGAUGGAAACGCACAUUAUGGAUUCGGACUGGGAAACUUUCAGUGAGAGCAGCAGCAGUGAGGAUCAAGAGGAAAUUGAUUUUGUAUAUGCUGGGCAAGCUCGGAGCAUACUAUCCAGUUUAGAGGAAAGCAUUGGGAAAAUUGAUGAUUUCCUCUCAUUUGAAAGAGUAUUUGUUCAUGGGGAUGUGGUUUGCUCCUUGUCAGACCCAUCUGGACAGAUGGGCAGGGUUACAGGUGUUGAUGUGUUUGUGGAUUUGGAAAAUGUUCAUGGAAAAUUAUUAAAAAAUGUAAACUCCAAGAGACUUCUGAAAAUUCGUUCCAUUUCAGAAGGUGAUUAUGUGAUUAAGGGGCCAUGGCUGGGGAGAGUUCAAAAGGUGGUGGACAAAGUAACUGUAUUAUUUGAUGAUGGAGCUUCAUGCGAGGUCACCGCAUUGGAAAGAGAUAAGAUCUUGCCUCUGACUCGUAAUUUGCUUGAGGACUUGCAGUAUCCAUACUAUCCAGGACAGAGAGUGAGGGUUAAUUCCUCAACUUCUUCUAAGUCAGCUAGAUGGUUAUGUGGAACUUGGAGAGACAGUCAAGAUGAAGGAACUGUUUGUUCUGUUGAAGCAGGUCAAGUGUAUGUUAACUGGCUUGUGUUUGUUCCCAUGGGUCCUGAUUUUACUGUAAAUACUCCCCCUUGCUGGCAAGAUUCCAAAAAUCUGACCUUGCUCUCAUGUUUUUCACAUGCAAACUGGCAGCUUGGCGACUGGUGCAUGCUUGCGGUGGCAGACCAAAAGGAACAGAAUUGUGGAAAUACAUCUACUGGGGGUCUUGCUAAGGAGCACAUUAUGACAAGAGGAUAUAAAAAUGGAAAUGUUAACUUCAAUAUUGGGGAACUUUUUGUAAUUGGGAAAAUAAGGACCAAAGUUGAUAUUGUAUGGCAGGAUGGGGAACAAACUUUGGGAUUAGAUCCCCAUAAUCUGCUCCCUGUGAAUGUCAUAGACACUCAUGAAUUUUGGCCUCAGCAGUUUGUGUCGGAAAAAGGUGCUUCCGAAGAUCAUCCUAAACCCAGCUGUCAAAGAUGGGGAGUUGUCCAAUCUGUGGAUGCAAAAGAGCGUACUGUAAAGGUACAAUGGAAUACUUUUUCCAUAUCCAUGCCAGAGAAUUUGGCUGGAGAUGGGAUGGAGGAAACUGUGAGUGCCUAUGAACUCAUAGAGCACCCAGACUACUCCUAUUGUUUUGGUGAUAUUGUAUUCAAGGCGGCUCAAAAACAGCUUGGUUACCAAGCUGAGAAAGGUCAAGCUAAGUCAGCAACUGACUUGAAUGCAGAGGCUGCUCUUAUAGACAGGAACCACAUCAGUUACCAGGAUGAGUUCCCUGGUAACUGUUACCUGACCUGUAUUGGCAACGUUAUUGGUUUCAAAGAUGGUGCCGUGGAGGUGAAAUGGGCCACUGGUUUAACAACCAAGGUUGUGCCUCAUGAAAUUUUUCGAAUUGAUAAGCAUGAAGGUUCGACUGGAACCCCUGUUCCAAUUGAAGCAGAUGUUGAGGAGUUGACUCAAGAGAUGACUGAGAGUCAAAAUCUAACUUCUGGCCAAAAGGGAAAGGGCUUGUUAGAUUUUGAUGGUGAAAGAGUGAAUUGUGAAAGGCAUACAGGGGAAUGUAGUACCUUUUCCUUUCCUCGAGCUGCCAUUGAAAUUUUCUCCAGCAUUAAGGCCGGCAUUUUUCAAACACUUGGUGUAGCAUCACUUUCACGGGCAGCUUCUUUAGUCCCUACAACUGAAGAGGGAAAUCAAUCUGAAAAUCUUAAUAAGAAAGAAGUUUCAGAUUCUUGUGAACUCUGCACUGAAGCAAAUCCAUUGAAUGAUUUGCAGUCUACUGGAGACAUAACUCCAGAUCAGGAUGUUAUUAGAUUUUCUGAGAGGAAAAAUCUUCCAUUUCUGUCAAAUAGCAACAAUUCAGAUCAAUUUAAGCGGUUUGAUAUAAUAGACAAUUGCCCAGACGACCACUUCUUUGAUGAGCAAAAAGGGUUGGCAUUAUCUCAGGUAAAAAGAGGAUGGGUGAAAAGGAUUCAGCAAGAAUGGAGCAUCCUAGAGAGAAAUCUUCCGGAAACUAUUUAUGUCCGUGUGUUUGGAGAAAGAAUGGAUCUCCUGCGAGCAGCGAUUGUUGGUGCACCUGGAACUCCCUAUCACGAUGGCUUAUUCUUCUUUGAUGUGUUUCCCCCAGCCUAUCCAAAUGAACCCCCUAUGGUGCACUACAAUUCGGGUGGGCUCAGAUUAAAUCCUAAUUUGUAUGAAUCGGGAAAAGUCUGUCUGAGCCUCCUGAAUACGUGGACCGGUACAGGCAGUGAAAUGUGGAACCCAGGGGCCUCCACAAUUCUUCAAGUCCUUCUCUCUCUGCAGGCCCUUGUCCUUAAUGAAAAGCCGUAUUUCAAUGAGGCUGGAUAUGACCAGCAGAUUGGCAGAGCCGAAGGAGAGAAGAACUCAGUGAGCUACAAUGAAAAUGCUUUCCUUGUCACCUGCAAAUCAAUGCUAUAUCUACUGAGAAAGUCACCCAAGCAUUUUGAGUCGCUUGUGGAAGAGCACUUCAGCCAGCGCGCUCAACGCAUACUUCUCGCUUGUAAGGCGUACAGCGAAGGAGCUCCCAUUGGAUGUGGUUCUGAGCAUGGAGAAACCAUGCACCAAAAUCAGAAGGGAACUUCUACAGGUUUUAGGAUCAUGCUUGCUAAGCUCUUCCCCAAGCUCGUUGAGGCUUUUUCUGGUAAAGGAAUUGAUUGCAGCCAGUUUGUUCGGUUGCAGAAGUAACUCUCAUGGAUCGUCUUCCAUAGAUUUCGUGAGAGGGAGGAAGAUAGAAGUGGGAGGUUUCAUUAGGGCUCACUGAUGUGGGUUCCACUCCUCUUCGCUCUCUUUUGCUGAGGGUUCUCUGGUAUGGGAGAGAAACUCUUCGAAGAUAUAGUAACUGUCCUACUGAGUUCCAAGUGACUGCCAAGCUUCCCGACCAAAAACAUUCGAACCAUAUGUGUGAUAUAAAUAAGCUGUCUUGUGCCUUCUGUAAGAUAUCCUAUGUAUGCUUUGCUCAGACACAGCUGCUCUGUUCUGUAUUUGUGGUGGGGUUGUGGUUUGUGUUGUUUGAUGUUGUGUUAAUAAACCUUGUGCGUAUGUAUCAUGUAAUAUAUAAUAUGGCUUUCAAAAUUCAAAUGUAAAAUAUGAAGCUUGAAACGGAAUACAUGGGAGCGGUUUGCUUGGUG